UGAAAUGCGAGGUAACGAGAAACCUCAACUCUCAACGACCCAACUUAGGGAGGUCCACGAAUGUUAAGCCGGUCAGCCACGUUAACUUCCAACUACGACAGCUUCCCGCUCCAUUAAAGGCGCCUCAAAUCUUGAAACUCCUCCCUCCUUUCUAUAUCUAUUUACUUCGUUCUCUCUGCAUAUUCAAUUUCUAGAGAUGGCUUCUGUUGCCGCCGUGAUUUCUCUUCUCCUUAUUCCCCUUCUUCUUCAUUCUAACACUGCUGCGAGCGACUUUUUGACUCCACUUCUCUCUCCCCUUUUCGAUGAUGUGUGCAAAGAAGUAGAGUGUGGAAGGGGUAGUUGCAAGUCUUCUCCAAAUAGUACCUUCUUCUUUGAAUGUCAUUGUGAUCUUGGGUGGAAGCAGACGCGCUCUGAUCAAGAUCAUCUUUUCAACUUUCUUCCGUGCAUAGUUCCCAACUGCACACUCAAUUCAGCCUGCCUUGAAGCUGCUCCCUCUGUUCAACAGAAAUCCCCAAGAGCUAAUGAGUCAAUCUUCGAUCCCUGCAGGUGGGCAGAUUGUGGAGGUGGUUCGUGCAAAAAGUUAUCAGAGUUCACCUAUGCUUGUGAAUGUGAAAAAGGCUAUAAUAACAUACUCAAUGUAUCUGCAUUCCCAUGUUACAGAGAAUGUGCAUUUGGAAUGGAUUGUGCAAAUCUUGGGAUUGCUUUGUCAAACCGUUCUUCUUCUGGGACGCAUGCUUUGCCUGACAGUGGGAAGAACCAAGCUCCAGGAGAGAAUGGGUUUUGGUGGGUAGUUUUGACAAUGGCUCUGGCUUUGUGGAUGUAGUUGAAUGACUAAGCAGCAGAUGAAUAAUUAUGGUGAGUUACGAGCUUAUUGAUAAAUAAGCUGCGGAUGAAUAUUUUGGUGUUGUAAUUAAUCAGUUAGACGAGAGAUUUUCUCGCACGGUUGCACUCACCACAUGUAAAUUAUGAACCACUGCAAUAUGAUGAGUUAACAUGGCAGGAACUGAUUUUAAAGCC